ACUGAGAACUUAACCUUUUGCUAUCCGGGAAAUGGGAACUUCAUUUGAAAUUCGGCAUCCAUCUUGAUUUUCUGAAACCAUUCGUAAAAUCAUUAGGGUGUGCAAUUGCUUCAUUUCCUUGCAUUAACAGAUUCCAAGUAACUGUGGACAGUAGAGGAUAGGAGUCAGGAGAUAGCCUGGCAAGGAAGAGAUUGAUCCUGUCUGUUUGCCUGAAGGUUAAGUAACAAUGUCAACGAAGGAGGCGGAAGUGGAACGUGUCAAGAAUGAGGAGGCGCCCCAGAAAGCAGAUGUACAGAAGACAAUUCCUCAAGGAGAAGAACCUUCAAAGACUCCCCCAAGAGCAGAAGGAUCGAUGUCGCCUCGAAGGUCAGCUCGAGGCUCUCCUCGGGGUCGGUCGCCGCGGAGGUCACCAAAGGGUUGCGUGGAUGAAAAUGAGAUUGAGAUCAGGGUGGAGGUCCAUGAUGAAGACAACAGUCAGAUGAAUGAGAGUGAAGAAGAGGAAGAGUUCGGUCAGUCCAGGGAACUAGAGGAGCUUAUUAGGAAGAGGUCAGAGGAAGGAUUUUAUAUGGAGGACGAAGAGGAGCCUGAAGAAGAAGAAUAUGAAGAAGAGAUAGCGGAAGAAGAGAUAGCGGAAGAAGAAAAUAAAGAUAAAGAGUCCGCUGGAGAAGAGGAUGGAGAGAAAGAAGGGGAAGAGGAAGCAAAGACUGGUGAAGAAAUGGAGGAAGAGGAAGAUCAGGAGAAGGCAGCUGGUGAGGAAGCAGGAGAGAAAGGAGAAGAUAUGCAAGAGGGAGACAUGGAUCUGGAGGACGAAGAUAAGUCUGAUGAUGAGGUGUUAGCUGACAAACAAAAGACUGUGAAGAAAAGAGGCAGGCCAUCAAGGGCAUCUAAAGGGGAUAUUGAGGAAACUAUUUCCAAGUUAGGAAAAAUGAAGACCAAGAGUCCAGUGAAGAAAUUUGUUUGGGGUGAUGAUGAAGAGGAGGAAGUGACAAAGGCAAGGACUACAAAAGGAAAGACAGCAAAACAAACCAAAUCUGCACCUGUAAAGAUUGUAAAGAAAGGCAAGGCUGCUGCCGCCAAAGUGUCAAAGGUUGUUGCAGACAAAAAUGCUAAAGAGUCAAAAGCAGCCUCAGCUAAAGGCAAGGGAACAACAGCGAAGGGUAGCGCCAAGGCUUCUGGUGCCAAGUCUGCUGUAGCUAAGCAGUCAACUGCAAAGCCAACACAAGCUAAGCUAUCUGCUGCCAAAUCUAAGCCUGCUCCAAAACCCAAAUCUGCUCCAAAGAAAAGGGGGCGUAAACCUGUUUCCAAGUCUGAUGUUGCUUUGGUAGUAAUUGAUACUUCUAAAGAAAAUGAAGAAGUGGAGGAAGAUGUGGAAGAUGUGGAGGAAGAAGAACCAGAUAAUGAUUUGGAUUUAGAUUAUACUGUUCAAGUUAAUGAAGGUGAUGCGUUAGAUGAUGAUGAUGAGGAAGAUGAUGAAGAAGGUCCCCCAGUGUUGGAACCAAUGGUAACAAAAUCUGCUGGGAAAAAACAAGUUGCCAAGGUGGAGGCGGGUGGCAUACAACCAAGGACUGCUCUGCAACUGAAAAGUAUUCAGGUACGUGAGAAAGCUAAAGAACAAGUGUCAAAGGUACGUGAAAAACCUAAAGAACAAGUAUCAAAGAAAAAUGUUGAAGUGUCUGAGAAUAAAGAUGAACCAGUAUCAAAGGAUCCUUAUCUCUUUGAAGAAAUGAACAAGGGAGGUUCUGACCAUCCUAUCAAAGUGUCAAAAGGAAAGAAGCGUGAUUCAUCAAUUCCUUCUGGGAAAAUCAAGGUCUACAAAUGUGAAUACUGUGACAAAGGCUUUAUUAAGUUUCAAGGACUGGUUAAACAUAGACGUGUGCACACUGGUGAGAGGCCUUAUAAAUGUGAGACAUGUGGCAAGGGCUUUACACAAUCCCAAAAUCUUAUCAUCCAUCGUAGAAUCCACACUGGUGAGCGUCCAUAUAAAUGUACGCUCUGUGGAAAAACAUUUUCCCAACUUAACAGUGUCAUCAACCACACACGAGGACACACAGGAGAGAAGCCGUAUGCUUGUCCACUUUGUGAUCGCUGCUUCCCCAAUUCCACUGAUGUCAAGCGACACAUGAGAGUACACACUGGAGAAAAGCCCUACAAAUGCAGCCACUGUGACAAAGCAUUUGCCAAGUCGUUCGAUGUGAAGAGACACGAGCGUACCCACACUGGCGACAAACCCCACAAGUGUCAGCUGUGUGGCAGAGGGUUCGCCCAGUCGGCUAACAUGCUGAGACACGUGAGAACCCAUGUGUUGAAGUGUGAGACGUGUGACAUGGUCUUUACCCUGCAUGAGGAGCUGUUGGAGCAUGUGAAGACUCAUGGCGAGACUAUGCCCUACAACUGCAGCCAGUGUGACCGAGGCUUCAUGAGGCUACAGCACUUGAAGACCCACAUCAAGAAACAUUCAAACACCAAGGAGUUCUCAUGUGACGAGUGCGGGAAGAGUUUCAGUAAGAAGCAGAACUUGGUGAAGCAUCUCACGUUUCAUUCAGAUGACAAGCCAUUUGACUGUCAAGUCUGCGGGAAGAGUUUCUCCAGCGUGCAGAACCUGAAGGCCCACAUCCGCAUCCACACAGGGGACAAGAUGUUCACAUGCAGUGUGUGUAAGAAGGAGUUUGUGAAGAAGGCAGAUUUAGUCCGACAUGAGCGUGUUCAUUCUGGGGAGAAGCCAUUUGUGUGUGUUAUCUGUGAAAUGGCCUUUUCCCAAUCCCACCACCUCAAGAAGCAUUACACCAAGCAUAAUCUGGAGGAGUUGGAGGGGGUGGACACGUCUCUGCUGGAAGACUCUCAGAACGGAGCUGUGGUUGUUGUAGCUGCUGAAGGAGGAGAGAUGGAGAAAAUGACAAUAGUCAAGGCUACGGGAGUUGAGGAAGAGGAGGAAGAAGAAGAAGAAGAAGAGGAGGAGGUGACACCAAGUCCAGUGAAGAAAGGGAAGAAAGCUAAGCCUGUUGAAGUGGAAAAGGCUAAUGAUAAAGGUCGAGCUUCAUCUCGUUUGAAAACAACAAAGAAACCUGCCGGUAAGAAGCUUGAGGUUAAAAUUGGUAAAGAUUCCAAGAAGAGGAAGCAGAAUGAUGACAGUGGGAAGACCGAAGUGCCUCAGAAGAAGGGGGUGAGAGGAAGACCUCCUAAACAAGUGGCUGUAGAGACUGAGAAUGGUGUCGAGCCUAUGGAUGUGGAAGCUGAUGCUGGCAACGCUGCAGAGGCUGAGGAGCAAGUUGCAGAGACCCCCACAAAACCAAAGCUGAAGAAAGGUGGAAUUGUUAAAGGAAAAGCUAAAGUCAACCAGGCUGCAAAGAACGAAGCCGUGAAAAGUCAUUUUGCUAAAAACCUGGCAUUGCGGCGGAUAUCCACUGAAAGUGAAACUCAGACUGCAACACCAUCAAAAGACUCUGUUGAAACUCAGACCUUCGGAACUCAAACUGGACGGAAGGAUGAUAUGAAGGGGGUGCGUAUCCUUACAGCAACACCAAGAUCUAUUUGUGGGGAGGAGGAUGAGUGAAGGAGUUGCCAGUAACCAUGGAGAUGUCAUAGAUAGGAUUAGAUGCCCAAGCAUAAUUCUCUCCUUGAAUCUCUAUAAAACAUCAUUGUUGAAAGUCAUUCAAAUCAGCACUGAAGUCUGCUACACAUCCAGGUAUGCCAGAUUGAAUAUACCCACAUACAUGCAUCUUAUACAUUUGUACUCUGUAUAUGUGAUGUGCUGAUGUCAAAGAGAGCUGACCUGAAACUUUAUCAAAGUCAUAGAUUCUGAACUUCAACCCCAUGUUAGAGUGAAUGUGUUUUAGUAGUAUGCUGUUCUGGAGGUGGGUUUGGUUGACGGUAAACAGUUCUAUGUUGCUACAACCCUGACUUCAUUGGGACAAUUGUGAAUGGCAGUUUGUGGUUAUUGUCUUUACGAAUAUCUAUGAACACUUCUGCUAACAUUGAAAUAAUUCCAGAUGACCUAAGCUGUUUUUUGUUUUGAUAUUUUAUCAUUUCCUAUUUCUUUACAUAUAUUUCUGUUAUGUAUCACAGAUUUGAGGGCACUUUAUUUGUAAAUGGCAGUUUGAUUUUAUGUUUUUAUCUCAAUAUUAUUGAAUGUUUGUAUCCAGAUAGUGUUAGCUGGGAGGUCCUUUACUGACAGUAUGUGAGAUGGCACAGGUGUCAUGUUGUUUUGUCAGCUGAGGUUUGUGUCAUUUAAGCAUUUGCAUUCACGUCACAUAUCAUGUUGAUAAACACAUUAGAAGUAGAUACCAUUCUAUGAGAACAUUCUGCGAAAGAGGCGUCAGGAUUUACGCACUGACUCAUCAAGUCAUUAUAUUCAUCCAUUUAUAAUAAAACACCAGUAACUUACUCACAUGACCUGUUGCAUUUAAGAAAUCUUCAGCUUGGAUUAUGAAUAUGUUGCCCAUGUGGCAUGAGUGAUGCAGCAUUACAUGUUAGUCACUGAAUGGUGAUGGAUGCGUGGGGGUGGUGGUGUGGUCAAAGGGAGAUAACUCCCCGGAGCAAGAUGUGUCUGUUUGGUGGGCACAGGUUUUAUAUCUAUACCAAUUCCAUGUGUAUUGUAUCCUUGUGUAGGUUGUCUUAAGCAAUUCCAGUCAUGUCAUGAUUCUCUUUGUUGAGUCUUGUGUAUCUUUGAAUUUCAAGGGCAUAUUAAGAAGAAUGGAACUUCACUUUUAUUUAUUUUGGUAAGACAUAUGAAUUUUAUCUUGUAAGUUGUUCCUGGUGAUGAAGUUCACUGUGGCAAUAUGAUGUGUGGUUUAAGUGCCUUUUAGCAUCCCAUUAACACAGAUUGAUUGCAUACAUUUAGAGAAUUUGACAUGUGUUUUAUCAUGUUAAUGUUAAUGAAUUGUUAUGACGGAAAAUCAUUUUUCUAAUUAGUGAACACAACUGAUUUUAACAAUUACAGUAAUCAUGGUAGUAUUGUUUGCUGUGAGCCGUGUCGACUGCAUGUCUUGUUGCUUCACUUCCAACCAUCCUGCUACUGCAGGUGGAAUUCUUGAUCAUUCUGCUUCUGGAACUAUUAAGGCGAGAAACAUUUUAACAUUUGUUGUUUCAUAUUUAUCAACUUAACAGAAAUUAAGCAGAUUUGCUUUGUCGAAAAUACCAAUGAACCGGACUUCUAAAUAUGAAGUUGUGUGAAAUUUUAUAUAUUUUCCCUCUGUAUAAUUUUAACUCCAUGUAACCUGUUUCGCACCAUGUCAUUGAUCAUCAGCUGUAAUUCCCUGAAUGUGUGUAUAUAUUAUAUUAUAUUAUCCUGGACCACAGGCGAAGGGAGAUACGUGUAACUCUGUGAUGGGCCACCCAGUGUUCACAGGAUUCACUAGUGUUAUAAUCAAGUAGGGGUGUCUGCCAAGGAUUUGUCUCUCAAACCUUGCUCGUCUUGUUUAGCCUGGGGCCGGACCAAUGUUUUGCAGCAGGGUGGUGAAGUGGCGAAAUGUUGAGUCUAAAACUGCAGACCUGUCUUCAAUUCAUGGGUAUUAUAUGUAAAGCCCACUAUGUGUGCUCAGUGUUGAGAUAGGGCUUGGAUGUUGCUCUGAACAACUUGAAACUCACUCAUGUUGUGGAGUUUUCUAUGCCAGUUUUUGGGAAGAGAAACUGUUUGUUAUCUUCAUGAAAGAACAUUCCAUGUAAACAUAAGAUUUGCGAAUUUUGAAAUGUGACUGAUACAAGACCCUCAGGAACCCAGUUAUGUCGCCAGUCAUUCAUGAUAAGUACCUUGGGGCCCACUUGCUUGAAAGUGACUUCACUCAUAGAAAAUUUCCCACAUUUCUCUCGCUCAUGAGUGUAAUUUGAUGGCUAUAUUUAGUAUCUAGUUAAUCAUAUUGAACUCAAAACGGAGCUAUGGGUCCUGGAUAUUGGUCAUUACAGAAUAUAAUACCCUGGAUAAUCGAGGAUGAUACAAGGCAAACGUUGGUCUGGCCAAGAUGUCCAUAGUUAUUGGUGUACUCCCCAAUGAAAUAUGUCAUGCUUUGUGAAUCGCGGCAUGGUGAUAUAUUAGACUAAUCCUAUCAUGAUACAUUAUUUUGUACUUGAGGAAAACUUUCUGGUCCUGUUAACAUAGUGAGAAGAGACCUCACAAUUUAGCAAUAAUGUCAUGUAUAUACUGUUUAUUAGUCAUGUUCUUAUCAACAAGAUAACAAAAUUAAUAAAACCAACAUUCACAUGUUCAUCUUUUCCAUUGCCUUAAUGUAUGAUGUUAUUGCAGGAUAUUUGUAUAUAAUAUGCAUAUAUAUGCCUUAUCCCUGUGCUAUGAUGUGUGGUAUUGUAAACAGUCAGAUGAUAGGAGUGUAAAUAUUAUAUACUUUCUGAAUGAAAUGCUGCUUGACUGCUGGCUGACUGCUGCUUUGAAGUUACCAGUCUAGAUAAAUCACAAAUAGGAACUUAUUUUUAUUUGCUUUUACUGAAUACCGGUUUAAUUUCAAAUAUAGCUUUAGAAAUCCUACUUGAGAGGUGUUCCAGUUGCCUAGUGACUAUGACAGGGCUCUCGCCCCUGAUGGCAUCACAGGUUCAAUACCACCACAUCCUGUAUACAAUGGUAUACAUUGAGGAAAAACUGAAUCAGAUAACAGGACAUGAUUUUUGAAUAAACUUAAACUAAGCAAAGUUAUCUGCUUUGAUAGGAUAUAUACUGAAAUCUGUUACUGGUUAAAGAGAUUUUAGACCAACAUAGGUAGGUCAUUGGCAUUCACACUAGUCAAGGUUCCGCAAUAGUCUGUCAUUAGUGUAAGAGUGUGUUCCUUUGCUGUGUCAGGAUCAGUUAGUUGUAGGUUUGGAUCUCAGAUUGAACUGAGAUACUUGGUUUGUCAGCACGUCUUGAGUUCUGUUUCACUUCAGGCUGUCCUACCACAUUAUGCUGACACACCGUGAUAUCAUUGGAACACUAUUCAAAGUGGUGUAAUACCCGACUCACUUUCUCACACCUCAUGAUUCACCUGUAAUACUGUUCAAAAGCAAUGCUAGACCUAACUUCACAAAAUAUUCAGCUUAAUACUAAUGUCAAUUUCAAAGAGAAAAUAUGUUUUACAUGACGUUAUCCUGAAACAGUUCCAUUCUUCAGUUUGAUUUGAUCUCGACCCUCUCCGUGUACAGGGAUUUAUAUGGACCUGUGCGGGGGCCGAUAUAUUUUGCCCCAAGUCCAUGGCAAAUGUCAUUAAAAAUUCCCAAUUUGGAAUUUAUAUUUUUCCAAUUAUGUUAUAACUCAUAACUAAGUGUAUGGGUUUGGAGAGGUAACCUGCAUUUCACUGAUAAUAGGAUCAAUAAAUAGGAAGAGGUUUCAAUGCUUGGUUUUAUAUUGUUAAAUUGCAUGCAAUCUUAUCAUACAAUGUUAAAAGGAUUGAAGUAAUCCCAAUUUUGAAUAAAAUGAUGAUUUUUUCCCGAAUUGCAUGCCAGGGACACUUAGUUUUGAAUUGUAGAUAAAUCUCUGGUGUAAUGUUGAAUUCAGUGUGGAUAACCGGGGGUGUUGUUAUUAAUGAAACAUCUACUGUUGGUCAAAGCUUGUGCAACCUUGGAUUCUCCUUGGUCAGUGUAUGAUAGAAGCAUGUUACAACUAUACAUACUAUAAAUGUCCAAUUGAUGGCAUUGCGAACUAAAGCCACAGAUGUUGAUAUCAAUGGAACUGUCUCUCUAAUUUAACAAUAUCAGUGAUAUGUGACCAGCACUUUAAAGUUCUACCAUUCUCUCUGCAGUCAUUAAAUCAUGGAUAGUUGCUUGACCUAUGACCAUCAGUAUGAGACUCAAAGUAAAAUUCAAGUUUGUGAUUUGUACUGACUGUGAAACAAAUGUAUGCCUUGUAUAUGAUUCAUUAUGUGAAAAUUGUAAGUUUUUUACACGACAUGCUGUUUGGUGUGUGAUGAUUACAGAGAGCUCUGCAGGCUAUGUAGUAUUCCAUGCUUUAUUAUCAGUUUUCCUUUUCAUCUAAUAAAUAAAUUGUUUUUCUAAUUAUUUUUGCCAUAAAUCAUGAAACAAUUGACUUUUGUGAUUGUACGAAUAAAUGAUAAAUUUGU